AUCUUCUUGUGAUAAAUAUCCAGGCAAUAAUGGAGGUGGUCAACUCAUUGGCUAAGGCCAACCAGCGACCAAAGCGGUCCUUCUACAUUGCCUUUGGACACGAUGAAGAGGUUGGUGGCCGCCAAGGUGCCGUGCGCAUUGCAGCUCUCCUGAAGGAGCGUGGUGUUCGCUUCAAGUUUAUCCUUGACGAAGGUUUGCCAGUCAUGGAGGACAUAUUUAUGCCUGGACGACUGGCCACGGUCGGUGUUGCUGAGAAGGGCAUUCUUACUCUACGACUGAGUGUGAAUAUGACUGGUGGCCACUCGUCUUUGCCCAUGGCGGAGAGUGCAAUCAGCGUGCUGGCGAGAGCGGUUGCAAGACUGUCUCAUACAGCUCAUCCACACCACUUUGGUUCCGGCAUAGAGGUAGCUAUGCUAGAGCACCUGGCCCCAGUGGUUCCACUGGCUAAGUGCUUUGCCAUCUCCAACCUUUGGCUCUUUGGUCCCAUUGUCGCUUGGACGCUAGCUCAGAAAGGAGAGACGGCAGCAACGAUUCGCACCACGACAGCAGUCACCAUCAUGCGUGCCGGUUUCAAAGCCAAUGUCAUCCCAGGCUAUGCAGAGGCCAUUGUCAACCACAGGGUCCAUCCUAAGGACACGUUUGAAGACGUAAUUCGGCGCAAUCAUGAAAUCAUCAAUGAUGCUCGAGUGGUGAUCAGCGUGGACGAGGAAGAGCUGCUGAAUACUCCUCCGACACCGGUAUCAUCAUGGUCGUCGUUUGGCUUCUCUGUUAUCAGCAAGUCAGUGAGACAAGUGUUUAACAGCAUCCCCGUUGCACCCGGCCUCAUGGUUGGCAAUACGGAUGCACGGCACUUCCACGAUCUUGCACACGACAUCUAUCGCUUCACACCCACCAUCUUCAAGCCUGGCGACUCCAAGCGGUUCCAUGGGCCCAACGAGCGUAUCACGAAGUCGAAUUAUGCUCAGACUAUCAACUUCUAUCAUCACGUCAUCAAGAAUGCUGACCAUGUUGAUGGCACACCGGAGUCCCCUCGAGCUGAUGACCUGUGAGGCCACUUACAGCUGGUCUGUGUGGUGGUCUCCUGCUUCUAUUGUGCGUAUUCACGCGUAUUCAUGCGUAUUCAUGUUACAUCAUACAGGGUGUCAUUGUUAUUAUGUCAUGCACAUUAUCAUAUUACGCCAAGCAUGACAUUAGGUUACGUCGUGCUCGGUAUCAUAUUACAUCAUGCAUGGUUCAAGUGCCCUUUACAAUUUGUGAUGCUAGCAGCACUGUGUUUUAUUGUUUUGACGUGAUCAUCCUUAUCCGAGCUGCUUCUGAGCUCUCAUACGAAUAUUAUUAGGUAGACUACCAUUUCGCUGGCCGAAUAUUCUUUGACUGACUUUUACCAUUGAUCUCUGCUUUCCAUGGAGCUUCUCUGUGCUUCUAGAAUAUAUUUCCUUGAGAUGCUUUGUCAUGUAGAUCCGAAAAGUGAAUUCAUUCUUUUUUGAAGUGUAUUUUCUUUCUAGCCCGUGCUGGAGCACAGCAGAGGAGCGCGUUACGGAGUGGUAGGUAUUUUGUACUAUUUAGUAUUUACAGCUUGCUUCCAGAGAAAAGCACAGAUAUCCUUUGCCAGUCUCCUUUCGUACAGGCGUUUUAUACUUUUGUUCAUUACUAUCCUUUUAUCCUUUUGCGUUCCUUAUUAUUACUUCAAAAUAUUUUAUCUGUGGUGUUUACCGCUGCUGUAUUAAAUUUUGAACAGCCGUGACUUCUGCUUGGAAAUAACAGGUCAUCCUUACGUUGCAGUAGUUAUGUAUCUCUUUCGAUCGUA